AUGUGCGAAUACCUCCCCGUCUACCACAAACCCACCGGCUGCGUUGCCUUCCCCAAGCACGUGGUCGAAGUGAAGGUGUACCUCGCCUGCUUGGAGAUCACCAGUGACCCGACUGGCGCGAAGGAGCGCUGCGAGGACAAGGACUGUCAUUUGGCUGGGUCGCUUGGCUCGACUCGGACCCGGGCGGAGUGUCCUCAUUGUCUUUGUCCUCCUUGGGGGGUGAUUGAGCCGUUGUAUAUUGUGAUUAGGGACCAGGAGUUUGCUUCAUUGAUCACUCAGGGUGGUUUGUUUUGA